AUGUCCGAAUCCAGCACCCCACAUUCCCCUGUCAAAGUCACCUCAAUAGACACACCCCCGGCCACUACCUCUCUACAUGAUCAAAAAUCCACCAUACCCAGCCCUCCUUCCCCCAUCAUCCGAACCUCAAACCCGACAAAGUUUAAGAGGAAAUUAGCGUUAACACUUCAGUCACUUUAUGACGAGGACCACACUCUGCAAGUCAAAGUUAGAGAUGAGGAGAAAAUUGAACUUGGUUCUCCGUUAUGGGGUAAUGAGACGCUUGAAUGUAUUUCUGGGGAUGACUUGACAUCUGUAAAGGAUGAGGAAGUAAGAAUACUAGAAAAUUUGAGAGUUCAGGGUAUUGAAGAUAUCGAAGGGGACUUGGUGAAGGUAUUGACUUCAUCACCAGAGAUGAUUGCUAUUUCUGGCUCGGCUGAUAAAGAAUCGGAGAAGGUUUUGGAAGUAGCUUUAGAGCCGGCACUUACAGGAAUAGAGGAGUCCGGUCCAUUCGACCUUGAUGUCACAUCUCCAGCUAUCGCUGACCCCAUCGAGGCGCUUGGUAGUGCUAGCCCAACUACCCUAGCUGAUACGCAGAUGAAUGAAGUACCAAACACCAUCCUAGAACAUCCGGAGGAGAUAAAAAUCCGUCAUGAAUGGACUGGAACAUGUCAAUUUGAUCGAAUCACGGAGAUAUCCAUCGAUCUUCAAAAAGAAGCGAGUUCCCCCCCAACCUUCCUUUUUUUUCUUCAUCGCAUCAACUCAACUAACGAACUAACUAACCAACCAACCCUCCCACAGAACAAACUCGACAAUCUAAUCCUCUACCGCAAAGCACUUAUCCACGACAUGGCCCUCGCACCACACGACCCAUACUUCUACAUCGACCUCUCCCAACUCGACGCCAAACUCGCCUUUAGCGACACCUCAUCCCAAUACGCAUAUCGCGCACUUCUUCUCCUCCAAGCCGGUCUGCAAACCAUUACCCCCGCACAAUCUGCACUCUCGCGCUCAGUAUUCACAGCUAUUUCCUCACGACUCUGUACUUCCUCUAUCCCGAUUAUUAUGGAUGAAUUAAAUUGGAUGCAUGUUUGUGCUUAUCGGUGUUUAGUUCGGGGAUUAUUACAUUGCGCUGCUUUUUGGGAUGGGUUAACGGUGGUGAAAAUUGCAUUGGAGGAAUUUCCGCAUGAUGUGGAAUUAUUGCAUCUCAGAGGGAAUUUGCUUCAUUCUUUUAGGAAUAGACAUGAGGAAACGAUUCAAGAUGCAAAGGAUGCGAAUAUUCGCAAUAUUAUCGCAUCUAGUCGUCCUGGAUUGAUAUAUCAGAAGAAAUAUCCAUGGAUGGCUUCCAAACUUUUUGUUCGAACACCUCGUUUGGUCAGACAGGUUAACUCGAAAUUUGAAUCCUCAAAUGCGGAAGUCCGACCGGUGGUUUUUGGUUCGCCUGGUACUGCUUCUACUUUUAAAUUACUUUCGAGUCUUCCUAAACACGCGGAUGUCGGACCACUUGGUAUUUUCGCCAAGCGCGAUAUUGCUGAAGGCGAGUCUAUUUUAAUCGACAAGUCUUAUGCAUGUAUUUCGGAUAUUGCACCUUCGACUGGACAGUUUUGCGACGCGUGUCACGCUGCCCUUAUUCCACCUUUCAUGUUCCCAUCGCAGAUUGUUAGGCCAUCAUGCGGAUGUAAAGUAUCCUUUUGCUCUGAAGGCUGUCACAAUGUCGCCGUCAAAGGCUAUCAUAAAAUUCAGUGCGGUAUCGAUUUCAGCUGGCUGUAUAAUGCUGGCUCACAUCAAACUGAUUGGGACCCUAUCAUGUUUUUGCGCGUGAUCUGCAUUGUCCUCAGCACACCCGGCUGGUCGAAAGAUUCGAUACCACAGAAAAACCCUUUACAGCAUCCAUUGAUAGCAAGGUUAACAGCGAACUACGCCAGUAACGACAAACAAGCAACUAAUGGAUGUAAUUGGUCCUAUCAAGACAACAUCGUAUUACCAACACGCAUCCUCCUCGAUCUCGGCAUCGACAUUUACACCCCAGUCAAGAAGACGCACGCAGGAAAAACCAAGCUCUUCGCAAACAUAUGGACACCAGAACUCAUCCAAACAAUCUACUGGCGCAUGUUAAAUAACGCCAACACGAGCACAAUCAACAUAUCCGGCCUAUCCAUACCCAUUCGUUCCUCCACAUCUCCCAAUUCCAGAUUCGGUCAGGACACAAAUGCGCAUUUAAUCGUACUAAGUCCGAAUUAUAUAUUCUUCAACCACAGCUGCAGAAACAACGUAACAUGGAAAGGAACCUGUUUCAACGGCUCGGAAUACAUCUCCAUGCUCAUAAGCGGAGAAGGAAAAGAUCAAAAGGUCAUGAAACCGGGAAGUAGUAGUGUGAUUUGCAAGGCCGAUCGAGAUAUUACUGCAGGGGAGGAAUUAACGAUUAGUUAUCUUGGUGAUCCGAUGGGUGAUUACUCGGAAGGUGAUUAUUUUGAAAAUCAGAGGUUGGCUAUUGGGCAGGCAGAGAAUGGAUCUAUGAGUUCUUUUAGAUUGGAGGUUAGAUUGGCGUUGGUGAAGUGGUUUGGUGGUGAGGAUGGGUGUGGGUGUUUGCAAUGUGUGGAGGAAAAUGAACGGGGGGUGAUGCCUAGGAUGGAAAGGUUGUGA